CGAUGGAUGGAUGGAUGGAUAGAUAGAAAGAUAGAUAGAUAGAUGAUGGAUGGAUGGAUGGAUAUACAGACGAUAGAUAGAUGGAUGGAUGGACAGACAGACAGACAUUUUGUAAGUCCCUUUGGAUAAAAGCGUCUGCUAAAUGAUAAAUAUAAAUGUAAGAACACGAAGAUAGGUGAAACCAAAAGUUGCACUGAAAAGUCCCAGGACGUUGUAAGGGUGAGUCAAUGAUAGAACAGUUCCCACAGUUGCUCUGUUCAAUAGUCCACACAUUUGCUCUAUCAAAAUGUCCAUAAUCAAGACAUAAUCAUGUGACAGUGGACUUGAAACUGAGCUGGAAUGGGUCACACUGAAUAAAAGUGAAACUGAAAUAUUUGCUAACCAGUAUAGACAGAUUUUGAGUUGUUUAAGAAAGCCUGAAUUAGAAGACAGACUUGAUCUUAUCAGUCACUUUAAAUUAGCCCUCAUUAAACUGCAAAUUCAUAAUUCAAAUUCAGUUGUUCAUUAAAUUAUAAUUCAAACUGAAAGCAUAGAAAAGGUUUGGAACUCUGCACGUGGAGCUCAUUUGUUUAUAAAAUGAGUGUCGACUUUCAGGUUAAGCCAGUUCUAUUUAUUUUUUCAUCAUGACAGGAAAGUACACUGAAGUUACACUCCCUGUUUAUGGGCAUAAGGAAGUUGAGCUGUAUAUUUCAGCUGAGCUACCUGAAAAUGAAACCAUCAAUAGAAAUCAGACUGACAGUGCAGUAGACAGGUCAGAGAGCACAUGAUUUAGACAUGUCCACUUCAGAAGACGAGUGUCCUGUUUGUAAGGGAAAAAUACGGAAUCCUUCCCAGCCUUCUCCCUGUUGUGGAAAAAUAUUUUGCCAAGGAUGCCUAAGUCAAUCUAUUCGACAUAGAGCUCAUUGUCCACACUGCAGAGGCCAAGUAAACAGUCCUGGUUUUGCUUUUAAUCCAGUGCGUCCUUUUGAUAGGCGGAGGCUUCGGCACCAGAUCCUGUCUGGAGAUUCUGAAACAUUCAGUGCAGGAAGACCUGUUGGCACAAACAUACGAGGUAUCCGCAACCUGCUUUGGGAAGCACAGUUAGGCAUCGCCCCUAAUCAGGAUGCCCCGGCUCCUGCCUCACAAAUUCAAGCCCCUCUCAUUUUAAAUUCCUCCACACGACCUGUUCCUUUGCCCCGGACCCGAACUCAACCUGCAGGUGCCACUACUGUCACACAUCCAGCAACCAUUCACCCUACCCCAAGUGGUCCUGUCCAGGCUGCCCCAGCAUUAACACCUGCCCCAUUACAAGAUAAUUUGGAGGCUGAGCUUAAUGAAUGGCCAUGGCAAACUGAGAUCACUUUAAUGGAAGGGAGGCAACAGCAGCAGUCUCAGGGCUACACUGUGAGGACAUUUGUGUGUCCCUACUGUCAGGAAGAUGGACUGGAUGAACUAGAUCUACGAGAUCACUGCAAUGCCCAACAUGCCAAUUACAGCAAACGUGUGGUUUGCCCUGUGUGUGUGGCGAUGCCCCACGGCGAUCCACAGUAUUAUAGCCGCAACUUCAUUGGCCAUCUCAAUCUGCGCCACUGCUACUACUCUGAGGACGUUACCAACAUUCACCAGACUGAUGAGAUGAAUGUUCAGUGGGCCCUUCUGGCAUCAUAUGAAAAACACACUUAGGCCUCAGUUCUAGAUGAUUGACAGCACAAUCCACAGGUUUAGCCACUGGACAACAUCUUACCUAAUGCUAAAAAGAUGCUUGCGAUCAAGACUUUUGCAUGACUCUUAACCACAAGAAAGCUGUCAGAUAACUAAUGUAAUAAAUUCUUUAAACAUACACAUUUUCUGGAAAAGUCUGAUUGAAAUACAUUAAGAUCAACAGCAAGUACUUGUCUGAUUAACUUGUUGUCUUUUCAUACAAAUGCUAACUGACACAUUUCAAGUUUCGAUCAUGCUUUGACUUAUCUGAUUCAAGUAAUAAGUUAUGUAAUCAUUUCACUCUGAUUCAUUUUGUACAAUUUAGCUGAUGCACUUUCUAUGCAGAUACAGCCUCUGGCAUCUAUUUAAGCAGUUUUUUAAAUCAACACUGCCAUAUUUUAUUUGUCUGAAUAUUUUAGUUUGUGAGAUAGGUAGUAUGCUUUUUAAAACUGCCACACUUUUUUUUCCCUUGUCCAAAAAAGGUUUUAAUGCAAUAUUUUGAUGUACAAGAUUUUUUGAAGACUGUAUUUUAAAACAGUCCCUGUAUAGAAAACAGUAUACAUAACACAUACUUUUAAUGUGCUGUUGUAUUUUGUG